GCACCGCGUCUCAGCCGCUAUCGACGUGCCGCGACAUCCUGUUACCUACAAGUUGAGAAUCUUGGUGGAUCAUUCUGCAUCCGACAGAACGAGACAUAUCAGUACUGUAUGUGCCGCUCGAAUUUCGCCCUUGCCGCCGAAACAACGGGAUCGCAAAACGGUCACGCAGCUGUACGCCGUAUAUUCCAGGCCCAGGGCCCAUGAUGCCCCGAAGGAUAAAAAAGUGGGACACUCCAGCGAUAGCUUGAUAAGAAAAGGGGCGUUCGCCUUCUCCAACCAUGGAGACGUCAUCCGAAGAUGUGACUGUGGAGGAGAUUAUGGUCGCUACCUCCACCAUUACCGGCCGGACGUCAAUGUCAGCACCGAAACAACUGUCGCGAAAAACCGCCGGGGCUGGGAAGACGAGCAGGGCACAGAGCCCUUCCAACAGGUCGCGAACACGAACACCCAAUCAGUCACCAGCAGAUAGGUCGCCGCGGGGGACCCCGUCGCGCGAGACUCGUUUCUCAACCCGCGAUGAAAUUAGGGACUCGCAAUCUCCCCCACCCACCGUCAACGUCGAACCCGCCGCGAACCACGAACCGAAUCCUCCUCCACAGCCCAGCAUGACGCCGAGUCGGCCAGCGAGAGGCCACCACACCCCCAGGAAGAUGGACUGGACGGUCGAGAAGAUCGCGAUCGCUCUGAACGAACUGUCCGAGGAGGUGGGCCACGGCCAUGCUCGACUCGUUGACUUCGUACUGGAGGAGGCGGAAAAGACGACAGCGCAAACGAGACACUUGAGCACAGUCGAUGUUUUCGCGAAGAUGAAAUCGACCGCGACGGAGGGCAACGGCUCACCGCCGGGCGUACAGACUAUGGCAGUGAAGUUUAAGCAACACAGUGGAGAAUAUGGCAAGUCAAAAGGCAGCGCUCGCCGCGUGCAGUGCCCAGUCGUGGGCAUCAAGCCGGACAGGGAGGCGGUCCCGCGCUAUCGGUUUCAUCAUGUGGAAAUACGCAAGAACAUCCUGGCUCCGAAUUCCAUGCUCAACUUUGUCCCCCACCUCCGCGACGUCGACCCGAAUUCGAUCGAGGAGCAGAAGUACGCUGCCUGGCUUAUGGACCUCGAGAACCUUGACAGCAAAUCGGGCUUCCGGGUCGAGAACCGGGCCCAGAAGAUGGCCAAGCGGCUGCAGAAUGAAUACGCAGCCGCCCUUGCGCCAUACCUGGAGCGGUGGCUCCGCAAGUUAGCCAUUGAUGGCUGCACCAAAUCAACGCUGAUCCGAUACAUGGCGACGCAGGCGCAGAACGAAGACGCCAUCACGCCUCAGCAAAAGUCCAACCUGCUGGACACGCAUAGCGAGGACAUCGGCUCGCCGCACGCGGUACGGGGUGCAAAGCUCUUCACAGAGGCCUUCGACCGCGUCUUCAACAACCCGAAAAGCUCGAGGCGCGUGGCGCUGCGCGACAUCCUGAUGUUAGACAGGUCCGUCGAGCCGAUCCUGGACAACAAGAGGGCAAAGGACGGGCCCGGCUCUCAGAAGCCGCGCGACGAGGCGCUCAUGCAGAAGAUCGUGGAAUCUCUAGGGAGCUACUCUACUUUGGGGUGCCUCAUCUGCUUCAGCCACGACUGUGAACACGGCGAGAUCGAACGGGACAAUCAAAAACGGUGCUUCUCUCUAGAGGAGAUAGGAGGGCUUGCACCCACGCUCAGGGCCAAGUGGGCAGCGCAGCUCAAGGCUCAAAACGGCGUGCAAUCGGGUGCUUCGACCGACUGGCCGACGCAUCCGUCGUGCAGUAACCAGUGCUACCGGAGCUACAACACGGGCAAGCCCGACCAGGAGGUGAAGGCGUGGUCCGAGAACGAAGUAAGCGUGCUGGAGUGGACUUUUGCGACGAUAGGCUACAGCCCGUCACUGAAACCGCAGUGUUUCGUGGCGGCCGUGCUGGGCCGCCCUUGCUGGGACGUGCACCGCAAGUUCAAGGAGCUGGACCUGACUCUGCCGCCGGUCGAGCCGCGCGCCGAGCAGACACGGCCCAAGGCUGUCUCGUGGUAUGACCGCAAAAGGAAGCAGCUGCUGGGAGACUGGCAGGACGCCACCAUCACGCACGAACACGCAGUGCGUGAGCUGUACGCGCCCUGCCAUCACGAAGGGCCCUGUACGGCGGCGAACGGAUGUCCCUGCGCCUCGGGCGGCUCCCAUCCGGUUCUGUGCGAGCGGUUCUGUCUCUGCACCGCCGAGGAGUGUCCGCUCAAGUUUACGGGAUGCGCGUGCCACUCGCUGGGGAAGACGUGCCUCCAGCGGCAAAAGGAAGGGAGGCCGUGCAUCUGUGUGCAGCUCAACCGCGAGUGCGACCCGGUGCUGUGCAAGGGCUGCGGCGCCAAGGAGAGGGCAGACCCCGAGAACGCGUACGACGAGCAGCUCCAUUCGACGGGAUGUCAGAACGUCGCGCUGCAGCGCGGGGCGGCCAAAGCGCUUCUGCUCGGCAAGUCGCAGCUCGAGGCGUGCGGGUACGGCCUCUUUGCGGCCGAAGACAUCGCGCAGGACGAAUUCGUCAUCGAGUACACGGGCGAGCUCAUCAGUCACGACGAGGGCGUUCGGCGAGAGAAUCGCAGGGGCGACGUCUUUGACGAGGAGAAUAAGAUAUCCUACCUUUUCACCCUGUUGGAGCAGGAGGGCAUCUGGGUCGACGCCGCCAUCUACGGCAACCUGAGCCGGUACAUCAACCACGCGUCGGACAACUGCAACAUCAUGCCGCGCAUCAUGUACGUCAACCACGAGUUCCGCAUCAAGUUCUCGGCGCUCCGCGACAUCAAAGCGGGCGAGGAGCUGUUCUUCAACUACGGCGACAACUUUCCCAACCUCACCAAGAAGCUGGUCGAGCGGACCAACGAGAAGGCCGGGGCCGGCAGCGGCGGGAAGAGCUCGGCGGGCCAGAAGCGCAAGGGCGGCGCGCAGCGGCCCACUGCGCGCAAGACGACAUCCAAGGCCAACGGCGAGGGCAUCGACUUCGCGCCGGACGACCGCCGCGGAGGAGACGAUGACGACAUUUGGGGUGACAUCCCCGUGGUGGACGACAACGACGAUGAUAUCGACGACUGGGCCGACCGCAACCCCAAGAGGCGGAAGAAGCGCGGCGGCAGACGGCCGGGGGCGGGCCGGAAGAAGAAACAGCCCCAGCCGGCUACCGCGGAGGUCGCCACCGCCGAUGAGGGCAGCCCGGGAUCGCAGCUGCGCGCUGAAAGCAGCGGCGUCCGAGAGGAGAGUCCGCAUCCGGAAACACCCAGCCGCCGGCGGGUUGCCAAGAUGUCUUACGUAGCCAUGCUCAAUCCGCGGCGGGGUGGUGGUAGUAGUCUCUCCGAGAAGCCGGAAGCAUCAGCGGCGGCGGCCGUCGCCGCAGGGUCCAGUGUUGCGUCUACGACGACGGAGCCGGUUAAGAAAGUCUCUAAGCGAGGCGGAGCUCGGCCCGGCGCCGGUCGCAAACCGAAGCACCACCGCCACAACAACAAUCACGGGGCACAAUCACAAUCACAAUCAUCGCAACAACAGUCACGAAAGCCGGGUGCUUCUAGUAAUAAUAGUAAUAACAACAACAGCAGCAGCAGCAACAACAAGACCUCGGCGCACCACGCGAGCCAGAGCAACAACACCAGCUUCAGCAGCAGUAGCCAGAACGACACGGACCAGCAGCAUCACAGGGUAGCUUCUCGUUCUUCCCCUGCUAAAAAGGGGGAGGACAAUACUACUACUGCUGCUGCUGCUACUACUGAUACUAGCAACAAUAGAGCCGUCCGCUCAACGCCAAAAAGGGGCGAAGCAGCAGCAUCAGCAGCAUCAGCGGCGGCAGCGGCGGGAAGGAAGCGCAAAGCGAGCGAGGUCGAAGCCGAGGACGCCGCGAUCAGCAGCAGCAACGGCGGUGGUGGUAGCGGCGGCUUGUACAGGCAGGACACGUUCCAGCCCAUCACGGACAACGACACGGCGUCGGUGCGGAGCGGGAGGAGCAGGGGCCGCAGCGGUGGCGAGGACGACGAGGACGACGUGGUGGACCGGUCGGCGCGGAAGAGGCAGAAGCCGCUGCGGUAUAGGGACGAAGAAGAGUAGGCUUCCGCUUCUCCUGAGCCGCCGCCGGUAGCGCGCGAAGGAGAAGAAGAAAAAGAAAAAGAAGAAGCAGAAGCAGAAGGAGAAGUGGAUGGCUCGCUUGCUGUGGCGCUGGCGGUGAUCUGUAUGGUACAUCAUGUACAUGCUGCGUCGUCAACAAAUAGUAGUAGUGGUGGUGGCGGCAGCGGGGAUUGAAUUCAGUGGUUGUUACUUAUUCGGCCUGAAUAAUAUUAACUGGAG